ACUCUGCAGCUGGUCGCCGGGGACCCGGUCCCUCCUGCGCGCCCAAGUGAUGGAGGGGAAGAGAUUCGCUUAGACACACACACGCGCACACAGCUGGGCACGUCUCCGGGAGGCAGCUGCCUGCUCGGGCGCGCCGGGGGCCGGGCGGCGGCCGUGACAGCGCCAGCCGCGAGGAGCGGGGCGCCGGCACAGCUUGGCACCCGCGGCUCGUGGACGCAGGAAGGGAAGAUCCCAGCCACACUGACUGUUGCUCUUUUGGGCGAAUCGAGAGGGAGCGGGCUGCCGGGGAAGCUGUCACCGCGGACGCCCAAAGCCCUCGCCCUCCGUGCGCAGAGUCCGCAGCUGCGCCCGUGCCCUAGUGGGCGAGGAGGAUGCGCGCCUCCUCCGGCCGAGAGGCUGCGGUCUCCGGCACCGCGCGGACCCGGGCCCCGGCGGCCGCCCGUGUCGUGCCCGCGCCACGGGAGCGCGCCCUGCCGCACCUGGCUCCAGCCUCCUGGGGAAGUGCGGGAAACGCGCCCUAAACUCCACUACUUCUCGCCCGCCCACCCCUCCCCUCACGGCUCCCCGCCCCGGACCCGGCCGCCGCCGCCGCCGCCGGCGUGUGGGGCCCGCCCGCCACUUACUCACACGCGCGCACGCACGGCUCGUUCGCUCCCAUUCACGCCGACUGGCUCUCCGCGGAGCCCCAGCCCGGGCAGCCGAAACUGCUGGACCAACUGCCGCCCGGACCGCAGGAGCUGCCCCGUGGCCCGGCGCGACCCGCCGCCGGCCCCUGCGCCCGGGCUCCGGCCCGCGCUGCCGCCGCCGGGACGAUGAGAUAAUCAGUUACUCACUGGCUUCAGCACUGGUGUCUCCUCAACGACAUUUCUGGUGUCCACUUCAGGCAUCUCCUUAGCCAGUCUUAAAACCCUUGGAAAUUAAAGAGAGACUCCACCACUUACAUUGUCUUGAAAGCUUUCAUCAGAUGUGUCAAACUUUCUGAAUGAGCACAAGGAUUUGAAGGUGCUAACAAGCACGGAACAAACCUAAAGGACAGCCAGUAGGUGAGGAGAGGCCAUGGAAUAUCCACCAACAAGAUAAUCAUCGCUGGAAUCACUGGGAAGUGUCUGAAUGUAGGUGCGGUGGCUCACACCUGUAAUCCUAGCACUCUGGGAGGCCAAGGCGGGUGGAUUGUUUGAGCUCAGGAGUUCGAGACCAGCCUGAGCAAGAUGGCUGCAGCCGUCCUGAAGGUUGAUGGAGGGCCAUGCUAUUCAAACAGCAGGCGUGGCUGAGACAGAAGCUCCUGGUGCUGGGAAGCCUCGCCGUGGGGAGUCUCCUGUAUCUAGUUGCCAGAGUUGGGAGCUUGGAUAGGCUACAGCCCAUUUGCCCUAUCGAAGGCCGAUUCGGAGGAGCCCGCAGUCAGGCGGAAUUCCCACUCCGUGCCCUGCAGUUCAAGCGUGGCCUGCUGCACGAGUUCCGGAAGAGCAACAACGCAUCCAAGGAGCAGGUUCGCCUCCAUGACCUGGUACAGCAGCUCCCCAAGGCCAUUAUUAUUGGGGUGAGGAAAGGAGGCACAAGAGCCCUGCUUGAAAUGCUGAACCUCCAUCCGGCGGUGGUCAAAGCCUCUCAAGAAAUCCAUUUUUUUGAUAAUGAUGAGAAUUAUGCCAAGGGCAUUGAGUGGUAUAGAAAAAAGAUGCCUUUUUCCUAUCCUCAGCAAAUCACAAUUGAAAAGAGCCCGGCAUAUUUCAUCACAGAGGAGGUUCCGGAAAGGAUUUACAAAAUGAACUCAUCUAUCAAGCUGUUGAUCAUUGUCAGGGAGCCAACCACAAGAGCUAUUUCUGAUUACACUCAGGUCCUAGAGGGGAAGGAGAGGAAGAACAAAACUUAUUACAAGUUUGAGAAGCUGGCCAUAGACCCUAAUACCUGUGAAGUGAACACAAAAUACAAGGCAGUAAGAACGAGCAUCUAUACCAAACAUCUGGAAAGGUGGUUGAAAUACUUUCCGAUUGAACAAUUUCACAUCGUCGAUGGAGAUCGCCUCAUCACGGAACCUCUGCCAGAACUUCAGCUCGUGGAGAAGUUCCUAAAUCUUCCUCCAAGGAUAAGUCAAUACAAUUUAUAUUUCAAUGCUACCAGAGGGUUUUACUGCUUGCGAUUUAACAUUAUCUUUAAUAAGUGCCUGGCGGGCAGCAAGGGGCGCAUUCAUCCAGAGGUGGACCCCUCUGUCAUUACCAAAUUGCGCAAAUUCUUUCACCCUUUUAAUCAAAAAUUUUACCAGAUCACUGGAAGGACAUUGAACUGGCCCUAAAAUAAUAUGUUGUACAACACCAUGUGUUGUACCCGGAGACACACAGUGUCUCCCUUAGAUUAAAAUAUGCACUUUUCCUAGACAUAGCUAUCCAAGUCAUUUUUCCAUGUAUACUUGUACAUACGCAGUGUGUGACCAAAUAUAAGAUCAGUUCUUUUUCUACUGAAAAUUUACAAAAAAAAAAAAAGUUGCUGUCUGCAUAGUUGCAUCUUUUAAGCUAUUUACAAAAAAGAAGAGAUGAUGGUAUUGGGGAAAAGUGACUUCAGCUGUUCUCAAAGAGUUAGUCUUCCUUUGAUUCAGAAUUUGUCACCCGCCAUUUUCAUAGAUGUAAGCCAAAAGAUAAAUGUGUGAAAAUGUACCAAUGGCUGUGAAGCUUCAGGAAGUAGAUGAUCCAGUUAUGCAUUUUUUUCUAAGGGAAAGCUGGCUUUUUAAUUCAAAUGUUGAAUUGGUGCCAUGAAAACAGAAAAUGCUAUUUUCUUAUUAUUUAAAAGAAUGUCUUAUCUCAUAAAAUUGACAUUGUUCCAAAGUUCCUGUGGUGAUUUUGCACUAUUGUUUUCUUGUAUGAAUCAUGGUGUCGCUUAUAGCAUGUCGUUCACACGUUGGAAAGUCAAGUCCUUUUACUUCCAUGUUGUAUGUCAAAAGAGAGAGAUGUCAUGUACAUAGUGUAUAUUGUUGUAAAUACUGGUUUCACACUAAGUAAUUCUAUUUUGUAAACUGAAUAUGGCUAUUUAAUUUAUUGUGAAAAUUAAAUUUAUUGUGGUAUUUAAAAAUGGAAUGAAUUAAAAUUACUCUAUGUGCAAAUUUUUUUUUUUUUUACUCAUUUUGUUUUACAUGUCCCCUGCUGGCUUCCAAAAUGGGAGCUGUUUAUGUGCAUAUGACAGCACUUGGAAAGAUGCACUUCUUCAUUGGAUUUCUGUACCUUUGUGAAAAUGUAUUUACCAAGUGAGGUUGAGUAAAUUAAAAAAAGAAAAAGAAAAAAACUCAACCAUCUGGAAGUCAAAUGUAACAGCCACCUCACAGAACCCUAGCGGUGCUCUGCUACAACUUUGUAACAAUUAAUUUACUUGCAGUCGCUGCUGUGCCAGCAGACAGACAAGGAAUACUGUAACGGAAUCAAUGCAUAGAAGAAUCACAAUUUUAUUUGAACCUCUAAUCAGAGUCAGACCAGUAGAGAAAUAUAAAAUAAAAUUAGAAAAUUUCUGUGGCCUCUGUACUGAAAGUUGCUGAUGCUUCAAAAAUGAAUACAAGCUCUCAGAACUCUCUCUUUUAGAUGAAAAUAUAUGUCUGCUCAGAAAUUAUUAAAUUGUAUAGUACUGUUAUUACUAACAUAAACAUAUGGCUCAUAUUUCCAUCCAGAGAAAUUAAUGCUAAAUCGAUGCCUCACUAACAUCAGAUAUACUGUAUUAUGCUUAAAUAUAAUUCAGAAAAAUAUGGAAAGAGGUAUCAGCACAACCACCAAAAAAAAAAAAAAGGCGGAUUUUUCACAAACACAGUUGCUAAUCCAGUGGAAGAUAUUUGAGAGAGUUUUUGUUCAACAUCACAGCGAGAGUGUCUAGAGAAAUCAGCAAAUUACAAUGGAUUCCCCUUUGAUUGUUAUAAGUGUUGAUUUUCUCCAUGAGUUGUUUAUCCUGUCCAGUGAUUUGAUGGUGAACUUUUCUAAAUAAAUAGCCCUUUCCCCUCC